UGCUUUGUUCUGUUUGACUUGAGGUGGACGUGUUGAUAUCUCACCUGGCAGCCUGCGAAGGCUUCCAGCAAAUGCCUGGUGAUGAAGAGCCCCAAGGUCGGCGGGAGGCACAGAUCUACACAGGCUCUUCCAUUGAAUCUGCUGCAGCAGCAGCAGCAGCAGCAGCAUCUAAAGGAGCCUUUGUUCCCCAAGCUGAGCAGUGGAGCCCGGGCAGUUUCUCCAUUUCCAGCAGUGACACAUCUGCUGCUCAGCUACAGGAGAGCCAGGGAGACUUCCUGGAGCAACUGAGGAGAAUGGUGAACAAGGAAAAUCCCGUCACAAAAUACAUUGAACUGGAAAGUCUUGGCAGCGGGGGUUUUGGAGAGGUUUCCAGAGCACUUGACACUGCCACAGGAGGAGAGGUGGCCAUAAAGAAAAUAAGUGUGCAAGGAGUGAGGAGGAAGAUACUAACCAUGAAUGAAAUCAGGAUCAUGGAGAGUAAUAGGAGUCCCAGGGUCGUGAAUUACUUAGCCAGCUACCUUGUGCAUGAGGAACUCUGGCUGGUGAUGGAGUACAUGGACGGAGGCACUCUGAGAGAUCUCAUCGACGAGGCUCAAAUGUCUGAAGAAGAGAUUGCAGCUGUCAGUCGGGAGUGCCUGCAAGGACUGGAUUUUCUUCACUCCAACCACGUGAUCCAUCGAGAUGUGAAGAGCAACAACAUCCUUCUCAGAACCGACGGCUCUGUCAAGCUGGCUGAUUUUGGCCUUUCUGUUCAGCUCACCCCUGAGAAAAAUCAACGGUGCUCAGUGAUCGGGACUCCUUGGUGGAUGGCACCUGAAGUGGUGAAGCAUCAACCAUAUGGCCCCAAAGUGGACGUGUGGUCU